AUGGCGGACCACCGGCUUUUCCAACCUUUAGCGGUUGGCCCAAUCACGACCAAACAUCGCAUCGUCAUGGCGCCAUUGACCAGGUUCCGAGCUGACGACAAUCAUGUCCCAUCAGACCUGGCUCCCGAGUACUACGGACAGCGUGCCUCUGUCCCCGGUACCCUCCUCAUCAGCGAGGCUACCUUUAUAUCUAGAGAGGCUGGUGGAUACCCCAACGUCCCGGGCAUCUGGAGUCAAGAGCAAAUCGACGCUUGGAAGAAGGUUACCAGAGCUGUACACGAAAAGAGAAGCUUCAUCUUCCUACAGCUUUGGGCCCUAGGUCGCGUAGCAAUGCCUGACGUAGCGCGUGCCGAAGGGUUCGACAUCGUCAGCUCGAGCGCCAAGCCAUUCGAGAAAGAUGCAGCCGUUCCAAGAGCUGCCACCAAACUUGAAAUCCAGCGUUUCGUUCAACAAUAUGCUCAAGCAGCUCGAAAUGGUAUCAAGGCCGGUUUUGAUGGUGUCGAGAUACACGGUGCCGGGGGCUAUCUGAUCGAUCAGUUCACACAGGACAACUGCAAUACUCGCUCGGACGAGUACGGCGGCAGCAUCGAGAAUAGAACUCGCUUUAUUCUGGAGGUUGCUCAAGCUGUGGCUGAAGCUAUUGGAGCAGAACGAGUUGGCGUUCGUUUAUCUCCAUGGCAACGGUACCAAGGAAUGCGUAUGGCUGAUCCUAUACCUCAAUUCACGCAUGUUGUCCAGGAACUCGGGGCCCUGGAGUUGGCAUAUUUGCACCUGAUCGAGUCACGGGUUAAUGGCAACGUUGAUGGAGAUGAUAGGGAACCGCCCGACUUUGCCAUCAAUGCGUGGGAUGCUCGCAAACCAGUCAUCCUGGCUGGUGGCUACACGGCUGAAUCCGCCCGAGAGGUUACAGGAAAGUGGAAAAGGAGGAAUAUCUUGGUGGCUUUUGGGCGUCAUUUCAUUUCCACCCCGGAUCUGCCUUUUAGAAUCAGAGAAGGCAUCCCGUUCACUCCAUACGAUAGACGCACCUUCUACGAUGUUGGGUCGUUGAAGGGGUAUACCGACUAUGAGUUCUCUCCAGAAUUCCAGAAAAGCAUUGGAGUCUGA